AUGAGAACAAAGGGGUCCGCUGGUUGGCCGAUAGUCAGGGACAAGACAGUGAAAGGAGAGGAGCGGGAGAGGAGUAGAGAGGAGAGGACGAGAAGAGUCAGGGAAAAGGGAAAAUGGAAAAGAAGAAUGAGCACUGAGAAGGAAGAGACCGAGGAUUUUGAAGGAGUGGAGACGGAAGAAUGUAGGAGCGAGAAGCCAGAAGAAUUAAAAGUGGAUGAAACACUGCUAACAAGUUUACGCAAGGAGUGGGCACUAGAGUAUCUAGCAGGAGAAGAAAAAGCAGUCUUGGACGCUACAAGGAGGGAAUGUAAGGGAGAAGAAAGGCGAGAAAGGGAAGGAAAAGGAAAGGAGGGAGAAAAGAUGGAAAUAGAAGAAUGCAAGAAGAGAUCUAGGGAGGCGGAGGAAGAGGAGGAAUGCCCGGAGGAAGAAAGAAGAAAAGAGAAAAGAAGGGUAAGAGAAGAGGAGGGAAGUGACGUAGUAUCAAGUGAAAGUGAAAUGACCAAUCAGGGACGCUCUAAUAGCGAAACACGGUCAUGUGAUGAAGGAAGGUUGGUAAGCGUGCUGACAACAGCGCCAUUGGAAGGUAUGCGAAAGCGUGGGGUACUGGAAAACGACGCGCAAAAAGACGGCCAUUACCUCGUGGAAAGCGUAGGGAGCAGCAGCGUAGUAGUGAUUAUAAGUACAGUAGAUAGUGUUUGCAGUGAGGAAAGAGAAGCGGAAAAAGGUAAAAAAGACAAUGCUUGUGGCGUAAUAAACUAUAAUAAUAAUAGUAAGAUUGGGGAAGAUAGAUGUAAGGUCUUAGAAAAUAAGGAAAGCGAAGACGCAGUUAGGAUAGAGGAGGUAGUUAAUAGGGAAAACAUAGAAUGUAGGGAGAAGGAACAAGCCCAAAAUAUGACGGAGGGCGAAAAGAAAACAGACAAUUCACACAACAAGAGUGAUAGAAGAGAAUGGGUCAUAGAGGUAUAUGAGGAGGAAGCCACGUGGGACGAAUAUGUGGUGUGUUGUGUUUUGAAGACGGGAGGAAAAAAUAGAACCAAAAGAAACAAUUUAAUUAAAAUAUAUAGGUUCGUUCAGGGCGCGGGUGUGAACAUUAAAAACAUACGCAUGAUUGGUUUCAACAGGGCGGAGAUAACUACCAAGAGCAAAGAAGAGGCGAAUACUCUGUUGAGAAAGUACGAGAGCAAGGAGGGACAGGUAGCGGUGUAUUUACCAAGAAGAAUGAAGUAUCGACGCGGUGUUAUCUUCGAGUGGGAAGAUUCAGUUGAGGAAUUAAAGGAGGAGGCAACCCCAGGACAGGGAAAUUUUGUGCUGGAGCGUAUGAAGAAAAGAAGGGUAAUAGACGGAAAAGUGGUCUUCCAGCCCCUUCGGGCGAUAAUGAUAACAUUUAGAGGAAGCGUCCUCCCUACUAGAUUAUUGAUUGGCCAAGGCACGUAG